UUUUUUUUUCAAGGGAGAGGAAAUCCUUAGGAAAUGUGUGGGAUCACGCUCCGUGUUUCCAAGUAGCCCUGGCAUUAUUGACAAACUAUUUUCAUUCUGUGACGGUAGUUUGUGUUGCAUACCGAUUUUCAGAUACAAACACGGGUGUGGAGACCGACAAGUAAGGGGGGGAAGAGGGGAAGCGACAGUCGUUAGGUCAAAAUGUCGAUUCAGUACGAGGUGGAACAGCUGGCUGACAGCUACGGGGUUGCAGACUCGUUCCCCAAAGAUUUCGGUUAUGGUGAAGAGGAGGCCGACAUCGAGGACAGCCCGGCGCCGUCCGACAGCAAACCGAGAAUCCUGCUUAUGGGUUUGAGAAGAAGCGGCAAAUCAUCCAUACAGAAGGUGGUGUUCCACAAAAUGUCUCCAAAUGAGACUUUGUUCCUGGAGAGUACCAACAAGAUCUACAAGGACGACAUCUCGAGCAGCUCCUUUGUCAACUUCCAGAUUUGGGACUUCCCAGGUCAGGUUGACUUCUUCGACCCCACCUUCGACUAUGAAAUGAUCUUCAGAGGAACCGGGGCUUUGAUAUUUGUCAUUGAUGCUCAGGAUGAUUAUGUGGAGGCCCUGGGCAGGCUUCACCUCACCGUGUCGCGGGCCUACCGAGUCAAUCCAGAGAUCAACUUCGAGGUGUUUAUCCAUAAAGUGGACGGCCUCUCAGACGAUCACAAGAUCGAGACCCAGCGAGACAUCCAUCAGAGAGCCAAUGACGAUCUGGCAGACGCUAGCUUAGAAAAGCUGCAUCUCAGCUUUUACUUGACGAGUAUUUACGAUCACUCCAUCUUUGAGGCCUUCAGCAAAGUGGUGCAGAAGCUCAUCCCUCAGCUUCCCACUCUGGAGAACCUCCUGAACAUCUUCAUUUCUAAUUCAGGGAUAGAGAAGGCCUUUCUGUUUGAUGUGGUCAGUAAGAUCUACAUUGCCACAGACAGCUCUCCUGUAGACAUGCAGUCCUAUGAGCUGUGCUGUGAUAUGAUUGAUGUGGUCAUUGACGUCUCCUGCAUCUAUGGUCUGAGGGAGGACGGCAGCGGCAGCGCCUACGACAAGGAGUCCAUGGCCAUCAUCAAGCUCAACAACACCACUGUGCUGUACCUGAAAGAGGUCACCAAGUUCCUGGCCCUUGUCUGCAUCCUGCGAGAGGAAAGCUUCGAGCGCAAAGGAUUGAUAGACUACAACUUCCAUUGUUUCCGGAAGGCCAUCCAUGAAGUAUUCGAGGUGGGCGUUUCCACCCAGCGUCCACUGGGCUCGCAGGCGGUUGGCUCACCCUGCACCAAGGCUGUUGCACUGAAUGGCACGCCGCGGAACACUGUCUAGACACUGAUGCAAAACAAAAAACUAAAAAGAGGGUAGAGGAAAGGAAAGAUGGAGAGGGGCCAGGAGAGCCUGUAGAGGAAAGACUACUCAACUGGGGCUCACCUGCGCGCAAAUCACAAUGCCUUGCUCCCAGCACCUAAAGUACUGAGAGACGGCUUGAGCCACAAGUGUGUAAGACAGCACUGGAGCACACUGGACUGGUCAGACUUCUCAAGCUAAGAUGGAAGGGAAAUUCAAGCAUUCGUUUGAGGUGAAUGCAAGGCACUGUGUUAGCUGUGAGGAAAUCAAGAGAGUAAAACUGCACCUGGACAAGAAGAGGUUCGAGAUCUUUCUUUGGAUUUCUUAAAGCAGUCAGAGGCUGUGAUAAUUAGCUGCUGGUCCCUCUGAAAUGAACAAUGUGAGGAGUAAAAACAAACUCUUGUUGUAUCCUCUUGCUAUGGACAAACUGUGAUAUCAGUUUUCAGGAAUCUGUCUAGUGAUGAACCCACCCCGACCACUUCUGUGCUGAUGGAAAAGAUGGUGGAUGUGAACCGCUAGUCGUAACCCACACAUGUUCAGAGAUGGCCUUAUGUAGAUAAAGCUUGUCUGCAGUGCAAGCUUUCUCUCACUACCACUCACCUCACCCUACCUGAAUGCUGCCCAGAACUCGCUUUUUGGUUUCACUUGUGAAGGGAAAAACAAGGUUUUGUUUGUUAGUAGACUGAAAAGGGAUUGUGCUGUCCAUCUAUCGUAGUCUUUUGUGUGUGUGUGUAUGCAGGUAUAUAUUUGUGUGUAUGCAUGAGUGAGUGAGUGUGUGUGUGUGUGUGUAUCAAUGUCCGUGAAAAGGUGUGAUUAGAUCCCAGACAGGGCCCUUUCUCUGUACUGGUGAAGGACCUUUACAGAAAGAGCCUUCUUCUCAGUAACAGCAGCUUAGCAUAAUUAAACUCUUUUGAAUCAGUGGAAUUAACUUUUCUGCGUGUGCACCACUGAAAAUUCAACUUUGACUUUAUGAUAGGUUGUAAAAAUGAGUUUGGGUUUGGUCUUUGCAAAAGCACUGCCAAAAUGAUUAAAUGAUUCAGAAACGGUAAAAUGAUGAAAAUAAGCCAUGUAAGAAGGAAAUGUAUUAGGUGGGGUUGAGGUGCAGGACUGAUUGAGGAGUUCACACCCCAGAUAGACUUUCUAUGACAUUAUGGGAAGAUGACAUGAACUGGCUGAAACUAGCAUGUUUUCCACCUACAGUUUCAGUCGUGCCCAAAAUUAUUAACCCAUAUUUUGUAUUGAGUUUGGCUCUGUUAAGCGGGAUUCACAAGAACAAAAUGUACCCAUUCCAAGCAUGCAUACAUUGGUGUGUUGACAACUUGUAUUGCUGUAACACUGCUCAUUGUACUCAAAGGUAGAAAGUGAAAAUGAAACUAACCCAGAAAAUAAAACACAAAGGAGGAGAAAAAGACCAAAAUUCAUUACUUUUGCCAUUACGACACAAGAUGUUGCAUUUUCUGUAUGUUUAUAUCAAGGGUGAGAUGUGGGGUUCACAAAGUAGGAUUAACAUGUUAUCCUGAUAACUUUGCUGAGUAAAACGCCUGUAAAACGUUUUUGUUCCAGAUUUGAAGGUGUUUGGGGUUUUAUUCUGCAAAGUUAUUCAGGUAACUCUGUGAACUUGCUUCUUGAAACAGACCCAAGACCUUCUCAACCUGUCGACCAGUCGUUAUCAGUCACCUAAAAAUAAGCACUUGCACAGCAGAACUGUGAUGAAUGAUGAUUUCAUGUAUUGUGAUGCUAUACCAUGUGAAAUAAAUGAGCAUUUACAUUU